AUGAAUGAACUUAAAGAUUUUGAUAACGUUUUACAGGAUCCUUUCAGCCCUGUUAAAUUUGCUAAUGAUUUGUUGCUGAUGACAAACAAGGGUAGUUCUAAUGAUACCAGUGAAGAAUUACAAAAUUCUAAUAAUGUAAUUGACUUAGAUACAUCUAUUAAAAAAAUUAAUUUCGAUUUAAAUGAAAUUGAUAAAUUAUACGAAAGAGUAUUGAGUAAGAAUUCAAAUAUUUUAAUUAAUCACAUAUAUGAAAGUAAACAAAACAGUGAAAACAUUUCAAAUGGUCUAUUGGCAAGUUUAAAUUUUGUUGAAUUGUCUUAUGAAAGAUUGAAUAAUGAAGUAUAUAAACCAUAUGAAUUGUCUCAAAAGUUACAAUCUACUUUAAAUAAAGUCCAUCAGACAUCUACUCUAUUGAGAGACUCUCUUUUAUAUUUAUACAUAUUCAACAUGAUAAAAACAUUAACACCACAAUUAACAACUAAUAGUAAGAGUGCUGGCUCUUCUAUUGUAACUAACAACAAACAGAAAGAAAAUGAAAAAGAAGAAAAUAACAGUAAUAAUAAAAAUAGGACAUUUUUACUUCUAAAGCUUUCCUCUUUAUAUUAUCAAUUGCAGUUAACUUUGGGGAAAAAUAUUAAUUUGAUUUCAUUGACCACAAUCAAAAAUUUACAGAAUGAUUGGAUUAAAAAUAAUCAAAGGCAAUUGAUCAGAAAUUUGUCAAAUACACUAUAUCAACAUUGUAAUUAUCUAAAUCAUCCAAUACAAAAGGGGCAACAGUUGGAUGAAAUUAAUCAAUUGAUUUGUAAAUUAGCCCAAUCUUUAUAUCUAUUAUCACCAAAGGAUUUCAAUUUUUCUAUCAAUAAGUUUAUGGAAUCUUUAAUAACUACAAAUUCUCAAAUAUUAAUAAAAACUAUAAAUAAUGUUAAAGAAUUUCCAUCAGCCUUAUCGAGAGUAACUACAAAUGUUGAAUCUUUAAAUGUUUUACAAGAUUUGUUAUCUAUGGUAACUAUUGAUAGUUUGACACAAAAAACCCUGCUUUCUAUUAUAUUUAUAAAUAAUAAUUUCUCUUCUCCUUCUCAUUCGUCAAAUCAUAGUUUAGAAGAGAUUCAUUGGAUGAAAGUAUCACAAUUGUUUAAAAAAGAGCUUGAAAUAUCGUUUAAUAGAGGUGGUCCAGUUGGAAAGAAUUUAUUGAAGAAUAAGUCUAUUUUAAAGGAUACUAUGCAUGAGUACUUAGAACUUAGGAAUAACACAAGUUUGUCAACAAUGCUAAAAUCUUUAUCUAUUUUAUCAUAA